AUAAUAACAAACAUUACAAUACUGAUAGUGCAAUUCCUUAGCUAAUUAAUAAAAAUGCGUCGUCGCGUGGGUCUUGGUGCCAUUCAGCAACAAAAAUUGGCUGCAGAAAAGUACAAGGACAAGGGCACCGACCUGCAGGAAUCACAGCUGGAGCAGAUGACCAAACAAAUGGAGGUUUUUCGCAUUAAGCUCGAGGAAUUUGCCAUGAAGCACAAGGAGGACAUACGCAAGAACUCCCAGUUCCGCAGACAGUUCCAGGAGAUGUGCGCCGCCAUCGGUGUGGAUCCGCUGGCCACGGGCAAGGGUUUCUGGAGUGUCCUAGGCAUGGGUGACUUCUAUUACGAGCUGGGGGUUCAAGUGGUGGAAGUGUGCCUGGCUGCGAAUCAUAAGACGGGCGGCCUCAUGGAGCUGGACGAGCUGAGGCGGCGACUAAUAGCCGCUAGGGGUCAGAGUGUAGUGCAUCAGGAGAUUACCAAGGAGGAUAUACUGAUGGCCGCCAAGAAACUGACCAUCUUUGGCAAUGGCUUUGUGGUGCACAAACUGGGCAAGGGCAAGUACAUGGUGCAGUCUAUACCCGGUGAGCUAAGCAUGGAGGAGACCAACAUACUUAAUGCAGCCUCCAAUACUGAGCAGGGUUGUGUCACACAAAGUCAACUUAUUAGGGAUUUGGGCUGGACAGACUACCGCACACAGCAAUCCCUGGACAAGGUCCUCGGUGAAGGUCUCUGCUGGAUAGAUAAACAGACGGAGAAUGAACCCGCUUACUGGUUCCCCAGUUUGUUUCCCGGUCGCAAUACUCAGACUGCAGUCACAGCGUAGUGUUCAAUCCCAAACGAGUUAAUGUAUUUAAUACCAAUCAAAAAAUAUAUAUCUUUGUACAACUGUA